CAGAAGCACCAUUUAAGGCAACAGUUCCUGGUUGUAUUUGCAUCAUUCUGUACAUAAUACACACUUCUUUGCCCUGUCAUAAAAAAGGGCGAGGAAGCAAGAGAAGGAAUAGCUGACCGGGGGAAAAGGAAACCUCAGAAAUUCUCGUUCAUCAGUCAGCCCAGCAUCUUGGCAGCAAGAGAAAGCUAAUCCAGGGCUGCCUCUUCUAUCAACAAAGCCGCAGACACUUCCUCCACCAUGGCCUCUUAUUCUCCAUCCACAGAUGUGGAGGAUGAAGUCAAGUGCCCCAUCUGCAGGGACUAUCUGACAGACCCCGUGACCUUGGACUGCGGCCACAAUUUCUGUCAGGGUUGCAUCCAGAACUGCAGCGAUAAAUGGGAAGAAAAGGGUGUGGGGGACUUGGAGUGUCCGGUCUGCAGAGCCAAGAUCCAGAAAGGGAAUUUCCGUCCCAACUGGGACCUGGCAAAUAUAUCGGAAAAGUUUAAACUCCGAGGAAAGGAGCUAUGUGAGAGACACAAGGAAAGACUCCACCUGUUCUGCAGAGACGAUAAAGAAUUGGUGUGCAUGUUUUGCGAACGUUCCCCAGAACAUGAGUUGCACACUGUGGUCCUCAAGGAAGAAGUUGUCCAGGAGUACAAGAAUGUGAUGGAUGGUUGCCUGAAGAAUCUGCUGGAGGAGAGAGAGAAAAUUCUGGUAAAAAAAGCAGCAGUGAAAAGGGAAAGCGAAGACCUGCUUAAAUUAACAGAAACGGAGAGGCAAAAGGCAGCCAAUGAUUUCAGGCAACUGCGCCAGUUUCUCAAAAAGCAAGAGAAACGCCUGCUGAAUCAGAUGGAAAAGGUGGAGAAAGAAAUUGCAGCAACAAGGGAUCAGCUCAUGGACCAGCUCUCCGAGGAACUCUCCUCUCUUCAAAGGAUCAUCCAGGAGAUGGAGGAGAAACGCCAGCAGCCAGGAAGUGAACUCCUCCGGGAUGUGAGAAGCACCUUGCAGAGAUAUGAGAAAAGAGAGAGACUGGGGAAUCCAGUUGAUCUCCCUCCAGAGCUGAAGAAAAAGAUAUCGCAAUUCUGUGCUACAAAUCCCCUUCUGCAGGGUGACAUGAAGCAGUUCAAAGACACUGUGUUCCUCAGACUGGCUCAGAAAGCAAAUGUUGUUCUGGAUCCAGGCACAGCUUAUCCUCGGCUUGUCCUGUCUGAGGACUGCAAAAGUGUGAGAUGGCGAGACGAAUACCAACACCUGCCCAACAAUUCUGAGAGAUUCUACAGUGAUCCCGCUGUGCUGGGACGUGAGGGCUUCACCAAAGGCAGCCAUUACUGGGAAGUCAUUGUGGGAAGUGAGGAAAUGUGGGCUAUUGGAGUUGCCAGGAAGUCGGUGAGGAGAAAGGGCUGCUUAGCCUUAAGUCCUGAGGGAGGGGUCUGGGCUGUGGGGAAGAGGGGAGGUUGGUACAGUGCCUUCAACCCCCCUGACAACCCUCCUCUGUCCCUGAGCAAGAAGCCCAAACGGAUCCGAGUGACUGUGAACUAUGAAGGGAGGGAGGUGUCUUACUUCGAUGCUGACACAGGAGCCCAUCUCUACACCUUCCUAGGAGCCCUGUUCUCUGGAGAGAUGCUCCUCCCUUUCUUUUGGCUGUCGGGGAACAAAACCCAAGUCAGGAUUGCUUAAUCCUUAAGGGGACCAAAUCUACCUCUCAGGCCCAGGAGACGUUUCUCUCCAGACCAAAAUGAUUGCUCUAAAAGGGAACAUUUAUUUGCUAAAAGCUCUGUUGACAUCUUUGUAGAGGUCCUCGGAGAGGAUUCAUUGCAGCUUUGUUCCAAAAGAGACAGCAACACUUUCAGCAGUUCCAAACAAUUAAUUUCAACGUCCAUGAUGUCCAAUCCUGGUUUCAUUUUUUUAUUUUUCCAUUUCUCCCUCUCCACAAGACCUCCACCAGCUGUUGACAUGCGUUUUUGUAUUCCUGGAUUACUAGAAAGCAAUCCCUGCACCCAUAUCAUCAGGGAAACCUCACUGAGUUGUAGAUUUCACGUCUCCAGAGGAAGAAAUAAGGGGAUUUGUGUCAGGGACCAGCUUCCAAACCCUGCCGCAAAUGCAGCCUCCUCGUAGCUACACGUGCUCCAAGAUAAUUCAGUGGAGCUUAUUCUCAGUUCAUUGUCUUCUGGACCAGUCCCUUAAUCUUUUGUAGAUUCUUUUAUUAGAGCAUAGCCAUUGAGGUGUGCCCAGAUUUUGUUGUCCAGUUCCCAUCAGCUUCAGCCAGCAGGGCUGACAGUCGAUGAUGGAAGCUGUAAUCUGGACCUCACCACCUGGACUCUGCUGCCCUAUAACCUUCAAAUUGAAACAAAUGUGAAUAUAAAUUUUGGACUCUAUAAAUUUAUCCUAGUCUGCUGCAUGCAAUGUCUUUUGUUUUGCAGCUGUGUGAUUUGUGCUCAUAUUGUAUUGUGGUGGCCAUUGGCUAUAAACAAUACAAUUUAGAGAUAGAUUGAAGUGUGAAAAUAAGAAAUAAAAUAGUA